CAAAAUAAAAUUAAAAACAAAAAAAAAAACAAAAAAAAAAAACAAAUUUUGUUUCUAUUCAUUGCCUUGUUUUGUUCUUUCUCCUCUCUGUCGUUUCGUCCCUUUUAUAAUUAAUCUUUGUGUUUGAAUUGUGACUUAUUAUGGGGUUUCUUGACAAGCUUUGGGACGAAACGUUGGCGGGUCCCACACCGGAAACGGGUUUGGGUAAGCUUCGGAAGUAUAAUUCAUUCUCCGCCGUCCGAUCAGCGCCGGUUAAGGAGGAUGUUCAGAUUAGUCGUAGCAUCACAAUUAUUCGGGCACACUCUAAUUACGGUAGAGCCACUGCAUCGGAACCCACUUCUCCUUGUUCUUCUGCGCCUAUCACACCUCGCACGCCUUUAACACCGGAUACACCAGGAGGUGAUUUUAAGAAAUUCACGAGGAGAAAAGCAUCUGUAGAUCCUGUGGCGAGCGUCGAGCAUCGAAGUCCGACUAUUUACGAUUGGGUGAUUAUGAGUGCUUUGGAUCGUUGUUGAGACUUGAGAGAGAGGAAGUAAGAUGUUUGUGUACAUAAGAUAACACUGAUUCCAAAUUCUAAGGGGAAUCACAUGGCAUCUAAAUUAAUAUAUAUUAUUAAUAAUAAUAAUAAUAAUUUGUGUAUAUAUUAUAUAUUACUAUAUGAAAUAUGAGUACAUGUAAAUAAUAAAAUGGCUCAGAUGAUAGCAUGAGAUCUUAGGGUGUAAAGAAAGUCACCAGAAGGGUGUUUGUAUAUAUUAUGUUUUUUUUUUUUUUUUCUUUCUCAUUUUAUGAGUUUUUGGCUGUUGACUAUUGUAAAUAUGGAUUAUGCACGGGAACUCAAUGAAGCUUGAAAUUUAUUAUAUUUUUGUUAUU